AUGGAAGUAAGACGUGACGAAUCCGUGCUGCCCACAUAUGAUCAGUCGUGUGGCACUCCGGAAAAACCAUUGUGUUCCUCAUUUCUUAAUGAUGCUCUCAAGGAUCCCAUUUUGAUAUUCAUCACCAUAGCUGUUGUUAUUGGAUCAUUUUGCCUGUUAAGUGGACUCUUCCUGUUGUGCUUGGUCUCAAAAACAAUACAAGAUGAGACUUCAGAGGCUAUACUUCUAAUUGGUAUUGGCUUUUUUAUCUCAUCAGUGGCUUGUGUUUCCUGGAAGCUGACAACUCGCCGCCAAAUAGCUCAUUUCAUUGAAGCCAUUAAAGAGGAAACAGUUUAACUUAG